AUGUCGUCGUACCUGUCCAACAUCCUCACCAACACGACAUCCAAAUACAACACACUCCGGCGCAACCUCCUAUCCGACGAGGUCGACGGCGACACCGAAGACGACUCUCACCUGUGUCGAGCACUCCGCGCAUACUACACGGAGCAGAACAAGGCCUUUCCGCCAUGGCUGCCCAAUGACCCAAAGCGCUCGGCAUCCAUGCAGACAACAACAUCAUCCUUCACAUCAAGCCUGCGACAACAGUCGUCACAACAAACACCCACCAUCAAUGCUCCCCAAGGCGGCGGCGGCGGAAGAGGCGGUCUGAGCGACCUUUGGGACACACCUGGCCAGCGACAAGCAUCGCCACAGCCGCAGUCACUGCGAGUACGAGCACAAGAUCGCAGCGGGUCAUUCCAGGGACGGGCCCAGGGAGCGGACAGUCUGGCAGCACCUCGACCACUGCCCAGCCAGAGAGCAGGGAGCUAUCAGAGUACCGCGGCUCAGCAACAACAGGGAAGCGAAGCAUCACCACCGGCCAGCAGCGGGGGCACGGCGCAGGAGAGACUCAAGGCGAGAUUGUGGGGAGCUGCGAGGGUCAACAGUGCAGCAAGUGCAGCAUCGGCGGCGGGAGCAGGCACAGGAGGAGCAUCGCCAGCGGGAUCUGGCCGCUUUGCCAGAGGUUGA